GCAGAAUGAACGAAUUCGAGGAUCGGGGAAGACGCGUCGUGUUGGCUUGAAGUAGCGAACAUGGACUCCGACAGCAGAUGCCCUGCGCAAGAUGGAUCGAACCGAAAAAUUUGCGGAGCCCCGGACAGAGUCCACGAGAUCUCCUUCCGAGGCUGUCCUUUGAGCCUCCCUGGUACGCGGCACAAAGUAAAGUUGGAACGUUUCCAUGGAGUGGAAUUGCUUCUAGUUCUUCUCGACGAGAAAAGCGAACCAUACUGCAGUUUGCGGUAUCUGGAGGCAGCACUGGGUCAACCUGAUCUCGAAACAUAUCUGGCAAAGCUCGGCAUACUUUUAAAUGUCACCAAAUUGGAAGAUGCCGGAAUCCUUCCCGACAUCAUCAACCUAAGGUCGGGGAUAAUGGAAGAGGAGCCCCUCCUCAUCAAGCUCCGCGCGGUUAGCUGCAUCGUGAAACAGAUCGGUUUGGGCCAUCACACGACGGACACCAUCACGAGGAACACCUGAGGGUGCGCAUGAGACUGAUACGCUCAGAUCGUGUCAGAAUAUUCUCAUCUCAGUUUCCGCCGAGAAUCCUCGUGAAAUUACUACGACUACCUCCGGUCACCAGCUCAAUCUUGUACGGACAGUUCUCCCUCGACCGACAGUAACCACGACGAGCGAAGAUUCGAAAAUUCGAUGACAUCGCAGCAAUUCCAGGACCGUGAGAAUGAAAAUCCAAAUGAUUGUGUGCUUUUCAUGAAUCUCGGCUCCGAGAGAGCUGUAGCAUCGGAAUUUAUAUUAAGGCCAGACGUACGUUGUCUUCCAGAAUUUUAAUAAAGACUUUAUUGAUGACUCAUUAAC